CAUCCACAAUUGAAACAACAUCUUUUGACGUCCCAUCGAAUAUGUUUAUCAUGAAUCCUCGAUUAAGAUUACAAAUACGACACACGGUCUUCAUUGUCCUAAAAUUUAAUACACAACACAUAACGUCAAUGAUAAAAAAACAAAACAAAUUAUUUUCACCUAAUUAUUUUGUUUACAAGUUUUACAGCUGAGCAAAGCCAGAAAUGCAUUAGCCACCCUGUGGUUAUCAUAGAGUGAUGUUAAAUGUUAUUGAUAUCGAUAUACCAGACCUUACGAUUUUGGAAUUAAUUCUUUUGUGCAAAGGAAUCUUUUCAAUAAAUGGCUUCCAAUCCGACUUCUCCUUUAGAGAAUACCAUCCUUCGAAGCAAGAUUCGGGAAAAUGCACGGGAUCAGCGUUUGGAAUGCCGUGCCAAGGCAAAGGACUCAUUGCGCAUUGGCCUAGGACAGGUUAAGAAGGAAGUGGCUGCAUUAGAGAGCCUGGACACCAAGGACGUUAUUGGUCUGGCCGGCAGGAUCAAACGACGCAAACACGCCACCUCUGAGGACCUGUGCCGCCUUUCCCUGGCCUUCCUUCAGGGCAACGACAACAUCAACGCUUUUGCUGCCAUUCCUGGCGCCAUUCAGGUUCUGGUUAAAGAACUCACUGGACCCCACAUUCAACAACAGAUUAAUGCCGUCGAGUGCCUAUGUAAUCUUUCCCUAGGCGAGGCCCAUGUCUCCGAGAAGAUUGCCAGUUUGGCGGGGAGCUACAUGGUUACCUAUUUGGAUGGUAAGGAGGAGCGCCUAAAGCGUAGCUGCCUGUGGACCCUGGCCAACAUUCUGGCCACCUGUGACAAGGCUGGCAAGAUAUUGCUGCAAAUGCAACUUGUACCCAAAUGUUGGAGGCUGUUCAACGAUUCCAGUGGUUGUCAAGAAGACGCAGGCACCUGCCUGUUCCUAAUCGCCACUCACUGCUUGCACCAUGUGAGCGCUGAAGAUCGAAGGUACAUAGCAGAUAACUUGCACAGUAAAAACCCCAAGGAUUCAGGCAGCAAGUACUUCAUGUACAUAGUACACCAACUGGACAUUGUUGGACAGGAUCAUGAACUAGGUGCCCAACAAGCCGAAUGCCUUUUGCAUUUCUUUGAGGAGACGCUAUCGACUCCAGUCGACAGUCUUGGCCUUAUUUACGGAGUGCGUGUGAUGGCUAAUCUAAUGGCCCUAGGUGAUCCAAAACUAAUCGGCAGAUUGGCAGACCCCCAAAACUUUAUAAACGCCCUAAAUCAGCUCUUCGCCUUGCGAUCUUCCCAACUCCACAGUGACUUGAUACGGUUGCUCAAGAAUUUUCUGCUCCUAAACAUAUUGGACUCCAAACUGCUAUUGGAUAGCUUGAAUAUAUACGCAUAGUCUACGAU